AUGAAGCCAGCUGCUUUGAUAGCAAUUAUGGGAGGGACUGGAUGUGGAAAAUCGACGUUCAUCAACACCAUUGUCGGCAAGGACGUUACGGAUGUUGGACACGGCUUGGAGUCGCAAACUGCGGAGGUUAAAGAAUACGAAUUCUUGAUUCCCAAUGGCAUUCCUGUGACUCUCGCUGACACGCCUGGUUUCAAUGACUAUAAUGAGAGUGGUGGCAAAUCCGACCUAGUAAUUUUGAGAGAAAUUGGUGGUUACCUCAAAGCGAAAUAUGACAAGAAACGCAAGUUUUCUGGCAUUCUAUAUUUGCACAACAUCGCCGAUCCCAAAGUUGGGGGUUCAUCGCAGCGAAAUAUAGCGAUGUUCAAGAAAUUAUGCGGACCUGAUCCUCUGAAGAAUGUCGUGGUCGUUACCACAUUUUGGGACGAAGUAAAUAUGACGCAAGGUGUCAAAAACGAAGCAGAGUUGAAGACCAAGGAUAAGUUCUUCAAAGAACUCGUCGACGGUAAAUGCAGAUUCGCUCGCUUUGGAAAAUAUUCUCCGGAAAAGUCACCCAAAGGUCCAGAGUUUCCCCCUCCAAUCUCUAUCGUCUCCGACCUCCUCGCGCUCAAUCCCGUCUUUGUCGAGAUGCAGAGGGAGCUCGCUGAGGGGAAGACUGUGGAGAAGACUUCUGCUGGUGUGGUGCUGUACAAGGAACUUCAAGAGCUUAACCGUCAGCAAGAGAAGGACAUUUCCGACUUGAACCAAAAAAUUGCAGAGUUGAAAUCCAUCAACACCAGCGACAAAGUAGCGAGGGAGGCGUUGGAAGAUGAAUGCAUUGCGUUGAAAGCGCAACUUGAGGAAUUGGUGACAAAGCAGCGCAAUCUAGACCAGGAGGUGCAUUCCGACGGGUCAGAGCUUGUCAGCGCUAUACCGCCGCCAAGGCGAGAGAGGGAGGUGUUGGCGAAGCAAAGGGAACUCGACUUGGAUAACAUCCGCCAUAUUGAGCUUCAACAUGAACUCGAGCUUCUGAAAACUCAACAUGCCAAGGAAAUCCUUCAAAGUCAAUUACAGAUCCGAUCCCUACUCGACGGCAACUCUCAUGAUGCCUACCAAAGGUCGCAACUUGAAAGACUUUGCGAAGAUCUCACAGCUACUGUGUCUGACUUGUCUCAAUCCUUGAUUAAGCUCCGGGAAACAAAAGAGCAAGAUGUGUUGGCGCGAACGGCUGAACUUGCGCAGGAGUGUGCCCAGCUCCGCGCGACAGUGACGACACACAGCAAGACACUAGCCCAUUUGGAGUUGCAACUGAAAUUAUCGCAGGAAGCGCAGGAGAAAAUGGCAUCUGAGCUAAGUGGCAAAUCUGAUAAUCAUACAUCCAGUUCCACUCCCUCUCCAGAUGGCAAAGGGGGUGCAGAUCCAGCAUCCAAAGAUGAAAAGUCAACGAAAAACACGGGUCCUGACUACGUAUAUUACCGUCUAUACACCAGACUAGGCGCAUUCGAAUCAAAUCACCCUCUCUACAAGAACGACCGUUUCAUUGGUCGCAUCCCAACGAAGUCCUUUUCCCCUCCUCAUACCGUGGCGUCUAUCAAGCUGUCCCUGUGCAGACUUGAGGGCCUGUCGGAGCCCGACAAGGCGCUUCUCUUCACACCGCUCUCAAGCCCAGCACCCAAAGCCGACUCUGCCCGCCUCUCUUUGGAGGGUCCUUCAGGUCCAGGCCUGUCCGAACAGGAUCCGAUCGCGUUGGUUGUCGAGUCCGAAAUGAGGACCGAGGAGGUCGCUGCGCAGUUGGAGAAGCUGCCGAAACGCUCUGAUGAUACCAAGGUCCAUUACGGCAAGUCUUGUCGACGUCUCUUACUCAUAUGGUGCACUCAUCAGCUUAACAGUGGAAAAGGAGAUGAAAAGGCAAAGACGUCCUUUGACAAGAGUGAUAUUUCGUUAGGACGCAUCAACACCCUCUUCAUCACUCCCCCCCACACCGCCGGGUCUUUGAAAGCAUGCAUCGCAAAAGUUGAAGGCCUCCGAGUCACGCAGGGUCAUGCGCUCUACAAGGAUAAGGAUAUACUAAUGAGUGACACCGACGUCAUAACCUUCCAAGAUAAAACUUAUCCAGGUAGUGAUGAAGGCAAUCCCGUUGCCCUUGCGACCGAUUCAAAAUUCACGAAACGCGCUCAGUUAACUUCGACUUACACCUUUCCCCCCGCAGACUACAAAGUAUUAUUUUCUCCCACCUGGCUAUCAACAAACAAAGAUGAGAUCGUUCACACGGACGGAGUUAUCGUCACUGACGGAUACUUGGUGAUUAAUUCGAAGGGUGAAAAAGGCUUUGUACACAAGGCUAAAAUCACCUUGAUUGAUCGCUGA